CCUCCCCCAGCUGCGAUCGGCUAUUCUCGUCUACUUUCGAGGCGAGCCGCAACGCGUCUCAAACAAGCCUAUCUCUCUCGAGUUUUCUUUUUGAGCUUUGCCAAAAGCCACUGUGUCAAGUGUCCUACUUGGGAUGCCGUCCGGACAAUCACCGUUAUUAUUGUGGAAGCGGAACUGUUGGGGUUACUAACAUUUUCCGGCCGGAGCAUAACACUGUGAACACAAAAUGGCGACCUCCUUGCUGCGGUUAGGGCGACUGGGUUCCCUGAAGUGUCUCCACCAGGAGAGCUGGCGCAUCCUGAGGAGCCGCCCGGCUGCUCUGUUCUGCUCCCGGGCUGAAGGGCCCCCACAGUCAGCAGAGAGGCCCCCACAGUCAGCUGAGAGGGGAGAGGCUGCAGGCAAGACAGCAGAGGUUCAAGAUGAGAGAGCAACCUUGCUAGCCUACAAGACAGCUGUGACCUUUCCAGUUAGACUUUCAGAGCCUGGAGUUUUCCUAACACAGGGUGUAGGUGCAACUGAAUCCGUGGCGAGCCCCAGUGCAGCUGCAGAAACAGCUGUAGCUGCUGCUCAGGUUAUCAUCAACACAGCAACUACACCUGUAGUUGACGCAGCCCCCCCCGCUGCUGAGCACCUGGUUGAUGCAAGUGAAACCUCAGCACCAGAAGACCCUCCAGUCGCAGCCUCCACCACAAAUUAUGCAGUCACAGCCCCCACCACAAAUUAUGCAGUCACAGCCCCCACCACAAAUUAUGCAGUCACAGCUUCCACCACAAGCGAUGUAGUCGCAGCCCCCACCGCAGAAGCUGCAGAUGCAGUUGCAGCCUCUCCUACAAAUGAUGCAAUCGCAGCCUCCACUACAGGCGAUGCAGUCGCAGUCGCCACUACAGGCGAUGCAGACGCAGCCUCCACUACAGGCGAUGCAGUCGCAGCCUCCACUACAGGCGAUGCAGUCGCAGUCGCCACUACAGGCGAUGCAGACGCAGCCUCCACUACAGGCGAUGCAGUCGCCGCCUCCACUACAGGCGAUGCAGUCGCAGUCGCCACUACAGACAAUGCAGACGCAGCCUCCACUACAGGCGAUGCAGUCGCUGUCGCAGCCUCCACUACAGGCGAUGCAGUCGCUGUCGCAGCCUCCACUACAGGCGAUGCAGUCGCAGCCUCCACUACAGGCGAUGCAGACGCAGCCUCCACUACAGGCGAUGCAGUCGCAGCCUCCACUACAGGCGAUGCAGACGCAGCCUCCACUACAGACGAUGCAGUUGCCACAGCCUUCUCUGAGCCGGUUGAUCCUGCAGCUGAUGGAUCAUCCUCCUCAUCAUCCAGCGACUCAGACUCGGACUCUGACUCUGACUCUGAGGACAAGAAUUUAGAAAAGGCUGAAACCAAGACCUCCCUACCAGAAGUGUCAUAUUCCAGUGUGCAACAAAUAGCAGAAGUCCAGGAGGUUGCAUCAGAUGUAAAGGAUGGCACAAAUGAAGUGAAGAAGGAAGUUCCCCCAGAACCUGAAGCUACUCCUGCCUGUUCAGCAGCGGCAGCAGAAGCUGCUCAAGCUCCAGCCACCAUCGAGGCUCCCAGUGUUAGCUCUGAGGAGUUGGUAGACCCAGCUCCUGAGAUCUGCACUGCCACCGGGGACACUGUGACCAGCCCAGAAGUUUCAGCUGAAGUGGAACCCGCUCCAGAAUUAAUAAAAGAUGACCAGGUACAAACUUCAGCCGAAGUUGUGAUUGAAGCUUCAACUUCAGAAAAAGCCCAAACAGAUGUUCCUGUAUAUGCCACAGAGCCCCCACCUGCUGAAGAUCCCGCAGACGCUGCUGCAGAGUCUGUCGAAACUGAAGUUGCCCCCACCAAAGUGGCUGCUGAGGCUGUAGCUGAAGUUUCUGCCCUUGUGAAGAGCACCAAGGACCUGGUGGACCUGGUGGACCUGGUGGACCCGGCCCCUGCCAUAGCUCAAGCUGAGGCUGGAGCAGAAGCUUCUGCCCCUGAGGAGCUGGUGGACCCAGCUCCAGUUUUAGCUGAAGCCUCCCCUGCAGAAGCUGCAGUUGAAGACACUGAGCCUGUGCAGGGCACAGAGGAGCUGGUGGACACAGCUGCAGUCAUAGCUGAAGCUGCAGGAGAGGAGCUGCAGGCCGAGGCCCCAGUUGAAGCAUCUGAGGAGGCUGCAGCACCUCCAGAGCCCAAUGAGCCUUUUGACAACAGCACUUAUAAAAACAUCCAGCACCACAACUACACCCCCUUCACGUUUGCAGACCUGGAUGUAGAGAUGGCUAAAUUCCGCCUCCCGCAGCCCUCCUCCAUCAGACACUAGACGAGUUGGCUUCGCUGCAAACCUUUAUAUUGUUUAAAGAUCAUGGUGAUGGUGAAGACCUUUUUAUUGUGAUUACCUGUCAGUUAUGCAUAAUAAUGAUAAUAUGCUGUUAAAAUGUUAUAUCAAUAAAAUACAUACAUUAAAAAGAUA